AUGUCUAAACCAUUCAAGAUCCCGCUUCACUGGAUCAAUGUGCUCAAAGAACUCCUUCAGAAAUACACACAACGUCGAUUGACCACCAACGUUAUCCUCUGCGCGCUCAUAUGGACAUCAGUCACUCGUGUGCGAGCCCAACGCAAUCCCGCUCUCAAAGUUCAAACAAGUCGCUUAGUGACAGCUGUUAACUGCCGAUCGCGUAUUAUGGGAGAUUUGAACUCUGUGCCCGGGGAUCAACAGUACUUGGGUAACGUUGUGCUCUACGCCAUGACAAGCUUCCCAGCUGCUAACCUCGCCACGGCCGAUGAGGAUCCAAUACGCUCGCUGGCAACGAUAUGCGACUGUAUCUCAAAUUCGCAGUCGUCCUCAACGAUCAACUCACGCCAUAUUGCUGAAACCUACCGGCUUGUGGAUUCCAUGGAAGAUUAUAGGUCUCUUUAUGCGGGUUGGGACUUGUUCGGGUCUCGUGAUUUUACCAUUACAAGUUGGGCAGAUUUGGAUCUUUAUGAUUUGGAUUUUGGGCCUCUGCUUGGGAAGCCGGAGUUUGUUAGACUGCCCUAUAUGGAGGCGGAUGGUGUAGCUAUUAUUCUACCCCGUCGGAGGUCGGGCCCUGAUGAAAUUCUCCAAGUGAUGGUUAUGCUGCGGUGUGAUGAUAUGGAGUCCUUGGAAGGAGAUGGUAUGUGA